CAAACUUGAUGUUCUUUGGUUUUGCGUUACUGGACAUGUCAUUAUAUAGUGGCGCAGAUUUACCACGCAAUUCCUAAGUUCAUGUUGGCAUAUUGACAAUCUAUUUCAAUGUUGGCAUAUUUAAUAUUCAAUUUCAAUACUGGUUUAUUGGCAAAGUAUUGGAUGGUAAAUACUUGUUGGUUUACUCCAAAGCAACUUGUUCAAUACCAAUUGGGUUAUGAUAAUUGGUUCAAACGCUUUUGCAAACCUACGACGAACGUGUUGAUAUAAAAGCGUUGAGGCCAGUAAUGCUUAUGGACUUUCAUUUUGCCAAAUUUCGUGAAGAUCGUUCAAUCACUGUCGUGACAAAUCAAUGAGCCGACCUCCUGUGAAAAGCUACGAUGCAUUCAAGCCCAGAUCUGAUUCCUUAUCAAGAGAUCAACUGAAUCGCGCAGUGCGAACUCAACCCUUAGCUGUUCCGUUUUACUCACAAAACUCAUUUGAAUCUGAAGCUCCCUUGGCAUCAAAUUCGCUAUCGGCUCAGCGAAUAAGCAACAAAGAAUCGGCUUUGAGGUACAGGUCUAGUGAAAAAGACGCAGGAAGCUCAGAGGAGCAUUACAAGGAAAAGGAGGACUCGGAGUCUAAAUCCAAGAAGCUAAAAACAGGGUGCUGUGGUUGUUGCUGUGGGGGAAUGAGUGAUGAGGAAGAGGAUGAGACUGCCUUUGACGAUCGGUCCUUCCUCAUCAAAGCAGGCAGGAAGGGAAAUCCUCGAGACUCAGAUACACCAUGUGUGGAUGCCUGCGGAGCCACUGUCCGAAAGAUGUGUCCCCCAAAACCGAAGAAGUCUCGCACAGUGGUGCUUGGUCGGCCAGAUCCCAAUGCCAAAUACUCGAGGAACAAACUGCGCAACCAGAAGUACUCAGUCAUCACCUUCAUCCCUAUUGUGCUCUACGAACAGUUCAAAUUCUUCCUUAAUCUCUAUUUCCUCAUCAUCGCACUGACACAGUUUGUGCCCCAGCUCAAAGUCAACUAUCUCUUCACGUACUGGGGACCACUGGCAUUUGUUCUAAUGGUAACGAUGGUAAGAGAGGCAAUCGACGACUUCAGACGCUUUUCAAGAGACAAAGAAGUCAACUCAACUAUGUACAAGAAAGUGACGAACGAAGGAGUGGUCAAAAUACCCAGUUCCAAAAUUCAAGUGGGGGACAUCAUCCAGCUAGAUAAAAACCAGAGGGUUCCAGCAGAUCUGGUGCUGCUCCGGACAACAGAGGCUCAAGGAACGUGUUUCAUAAGAACAGAUCAGUUAGACGGUGAAACAGACUGGAAAUUGCGUGUGGCUGUGCCGUGCACGCAGAGACUAGAGAAUGACAGCGAUUUGUUCUCAAUUAACGCGUUUAUUUAUGCGGAUAAGCCUCACAUGGAUAUUUACUCCUUCAUCGGAACAUUUACCAUUAAUGGACAUCAGGGAAAGGAAGAAGUAUCUUUGAGCAUGGAGAACACAAUGUGGAGCAAUACGGUGGUGGCGAGCGGGAGUGCCACCGGGUGUGUGGUGUACACUGGCACAGACACGAGGAGUGUGAUGAACACCAGUCAGCCCCAGAGCAAAGUGGGACUCCUGGACAACGAAGUCAACUUCCUCACCAAGCUCCUCUUCAUAUUCCUCCUGGGGUUAACAAUCGCACUCAUGAUACUGAAGAGCUUCGAGGGCCAAUGGUACAUCUACUUAUUCAGAUUCAUGAUUCUCCUCUCAUCAAUCAUUCCGAUCAGUUUGCGAAUGAAUCUUGACAUGGGUAAGCUGGUGUACUCGUGGUUCAUGCAGACAGACAAGCACAUACCAGAGACAGUGGUCAGGAGCACCACUAUCCCAGAAGAGCUGGGACGAAUCAGUUACUUGCUCAGCGAUAAGACGGGAACCCUGACCCAGAACGAGAUGGUGUUCAAGAAGUUGCACUUGGGUAACCUCUGUCUGAGUAGCGACUCUUUCUCAGAGGUGCGGUUUGACGUUGAAGAUGCUAUUGCGACGGAGAUCAAAGGCUCCAAAAUGUCAUCGGGUAACCAGAAACUGGUCGAAGCAGUGAAAGCAAUCUCACUGUGUCACAAUGUCACACCAGUGUACGACGACGAGCCUGCAGAAGGAGGCGGGGCUAAACUGAACGGAGCAGCUGCUAUGGAUGGAUUGUUCGAACCUAAUCUCAACGUUUCAUAUCAGGCUUCGAGUCCCGACGAGAUUGCCCUGGUGAAAUGGACUGAGAUGGUUGGUCUCCCAUUAGUGCACAGAGACAUAGAGAAGAUGCGACUAAAGUGCAAAGAUGAGGAGCUGUGCUUCAAGAUUCUGGAGGUGUUCCCCUUCACAUCCGAGACGAAGAGGAUGGGCAUCAUUGUGCAGAAUGAAAGGACGGGCGAGAUCACUUUCUACUCCAAGGGAGCCGAUACGGUAAUGUCAUCGAUGUGUGCGUACACUGACUGGCUGGACGAGGAAUGUGGAAACAUGGCAAGGGAAGGUCUGAGAACUCUGGUGGUAGCGAAGAAACAACUAUCCAAGGAUCAGUACGAGGACUUCUCCUCCAAACUGAACCAGGCCAAACUGGCCAUGCAAGAGAGAAACUUGAAAGUGCGCAUGGUGAUUGAGUCCCUGGAGAAUGAACUGGAAGUAGUGGGGUUGACAGGAGUGGAGGAUAAGCUGCAACUGGACGUGAGGCCUACGCUGGAGUCCAUCCGAAAUGCUGGCAUCAAGGUUUGGAUGUUGACGGGUGACAAACUAGAAACUGCCUGCUGCAUCGCCAAGAGCUCCCGUCUUGUGUCGCCUCGACAGAACUUGCACGUAAUUGGCCAAGUCUACGACCGAAUGCAAGCUCAUCAGGAGCUGAACAACUUCAGGCGGAAAACGGACUGUGCUUUGGUGGUUCUGGGAGAGAGUUUGACCUUGAUUCUGAAGCAUUACGAGUACGAGUUCAUGGACUUGGCGGUCCAGUGUCCGGCUGUGGUGAUUUGCCGAUGUUCGCCUACGCAGAAAGCGGACGUAGUGAGGCUGAUCCAGCGACAUACCAAGAAGCGAUGUGCUGCUAUUGGGGACGGAGGCAACGAUGUCAGCAUGAUCCAAGCGGCAGAUGCGGGAGUGGGCAUUGUAGGCAAAGAAGGAAAACAGGCGUCUUUAGCCGCGGACUUCUCAAUAUCGCAAUUCAAGCAUGUGGGCCGGCUUUUUCUGGUGCACGGCAGGAACAGCUACAAGAGGAGUGCUGCUCUGGCUCAGUUCGUCAUGCACAGAGGCCUCAUCAUAUCUGUGAUGCAGGCCAUCUUCUCUGCAUGCUUCUACUUCUCAGCUGUGUCUCUCUAUAAUGGAAUCCUGGUCACAGGCUAUGCGACAGUGUACACGAUGUUUCCUGUGUUCUCUCUCGUGUACGACCAGGACGUGACGCCCGAGAUUGCGAUGAUGUACCCUGAACUGUAUAAGGAGCUGCUCAAAGGCAGAUACCUCACCCUCAAGACAUUCCUCAUCUGGGUCCUCGUAUCUAUCUAUCAAGCCGGUGUGUUGAUGUUUGGCGCACUCAUCCUGUUUGAGGAGCAGUUCCUACACAUAGUGGCCAUCUCCUUCACUGCACUCAUAGGCACUGAGCUGAUCAUGGUCGCCCUGACCAUACAGACAUGGGCUGUAGUCAUGGUCCUAUCCCUCCUGUUCAGCAUGGCCACCUAUGCCGCAUCUAUGUUCGUUCUACCAGGAACAUUCAACCGUGAGUUCAUCCUCUCGUGGGGAUUUGUAUGGAAGACCGUGGUACUUACCCUAGUCAGCUGCAUGCCCAUCUAUAUCAUGAAACUCCUGCGCAGAAAAUUCAGUCCCCCAACCUACUCCAAACUGACCUGAUCAAAUUGAAUUCACGCUUGAAAACAAAUUUUAAAUGAACUCAAAUACUUCGCCGCGAACUUCUUUUUGUCUCUUCAAUUCAUUUGCAACUUAAGCCUCUGUAAAUAAAUCCAAUCAAUAAAUUCUGUUAGGUAUAGAUCCCGUCCCCCGCUCUCAGCUGAGCGUUUUCCCAUCUGUUAAUUGUAGCCGGUGCUUAGUUCAUCCGUCAAAAAUAAAGUUUAUCUGUCUUAUCAAAGUUCUGCUGCUUGACAAUGGAAUGAAGUUGAAGGGUAUAGCCAUUGAGUUCAAUUCUAAUAGGUGCUACCCCUAUGAUUAAACCUGGUGUUGUCUCAAGAGUAUAUAUAAAUUUUAUUUAAGUGAAUGUGAAUUAUGACAUGCCAAAGGAUACCAUGUUAGUGUUUUCUAAAUUCUCCUCUGAUGUUCAAUUUAAAUCUGAGAAUAACUC